CGUGGCUGCGCACCAUGGACACAGACCUCGUUGCUCAAGAAGUCAAGUCAGCAACAAAACAGCGAAGCGGACGUGCCACGGGACAAGAAGUAGGAGGGUCCAGGAACAAGCACUGAACCGAAGAACACCCACUCACCAUGGCAGGGAAUCAAGCUGGCAUAGACACCAACUGUAUGACAUUGACUCGUUUCAUGUUGCACGAGCAAAGGAAAGCAAAGAAUGCAACUGGUGAUUUAACACAGCUUUUGAAUUCAAUUUUGACGGCUGUCAAAGCAGUUUCUUCAGCUGUACGAAAAGCUGGUGUUGCAAGGUUGUAUGGCAUUGCAGGUCAUGCUAAUACUACAGGGGAUACUGUUCAAAAGUUAGAUGUGCUUGCUAAUGAAUUGUUUAUUAACAUGCUGAGCUCUUCAUACACUGUAUCUCUUAUGGUCUCAGAAGAGGAUGAGAAAGUAAUAGAAGUAGAUGCUGACAAGCAAGGCAAAUAUAUUGUCUAUUUUGAUCCACUUGAUGGCUCUUCAAACAUUGACUGCUUGGUUUCUAUUGGCUCUAUUUUUGCAAUUGCCAAAAAGAAGACACCUGGUCCUCCAACUGCUGCAGAUGCCCUUCAGCCUGGGAGAGAGUUGGUUGCUGCUGGAUAUGCUCUUUAUGGCAGUGCAUGCAUGCUUGUACUAACAACUGGGGAUGGCGUAAAUGGGUUCACUUUGGAUCCUUCAAUUGGUGAAUUUGUGCUGACCGACCCUGAUAUGAAAUGUAAGCCAAGAGGAUCAAUUUACAGUCUUAAUGAGGGUUAUGAAGCAUUGUUUGAUGAAAAACUGAGAAAAUACCUUCAAUCUCUUAAACAUCCAGAGCCUGGUAAAAAGGCAUAUGGCUCAAGGUACAUUGGCUCUAUGGUUGCUGACAUGCACAGAACACUGAAAUAUGGUGGAAUAUUUAUGUACCCUGCAAAUAAGUCGUCACCAAAAGGAAAGCUUCGCCUUCUUUAUGAAUGCAAUCCGAUGGCCAUGAUAAUUGAACAAGCUGGUGGGCUAGCUACCGAUGGCAAGAAGCCUCUAUUAGAUGUGGUACCGUCAUCAAUUCAUGAUAGGUCGCCUAUUUACAUUGGAUCUCGGGAUGAUGUCAAUGACUUUCUUGCAUUCACUCCAUAGAGAGUGUUUUAAAGAACGUUUAUAAUUAUUAUGGAUCAUAAUGAUAACCCAAUAUGAACACUCAGGCACAGACUUAACUUCCAUAUACAUUGAUAAUAGCUUUCUUAUUUUAUAUUGCUUCAGAUUGUUUGGAAACGACAAACGAAAAACGGCAAA